AUGUAAUAAGAGAUUAUUUAAUAUUAAAAAGGAAAUUACUAAAAUGCUUAAUUUAUUAACCCCGAUCAUUUUAUUAUCGAUGAUGAAUUCAAUUAUGAACCAUCGAAUUUGAACCAAACAGAAUAAUAUUAAGAUAGCGAUAAUGAAUGCUUUUAAACAAGCAAUCUAUCUAAUAAUAAAUUGAAAUAGAUUAAUAAAGCUAAUAAAAAGCGUGGUAGAGGACGUCCUCGUAAAAAUUUAAAUAGCAACUAGUUUGAAAAUAUUGAAAGUAUGGAUUAUACACAAAUGUUUUCAUAACCAUUUCAACAGCUAGGUGCCAAUGGAAAAUAUAACAGCUACAAUAGGAAGUUUCCUAAAGACCAUUUGAAGUAAAACAUGAUAAAACUAGAAUCUAAAGUAUUAAGGCUUUUUCAUGAAAUUCAAAGUAUAUAUUCUAAUACAAAUUAAUUUAUUGACCAAACGGAUGAUUAGGUAGAUAAGUCUUUUUAUGAAUAGUAUGAAAUUUAAAAACGCUUAGAUUGGAAUAUAGUUUCUUCUGAAACUGGUUAUAAUAAUAAUAGUGUCCUAUUUAAAAUUUACUCAUUUAUUGGUGAUUAAAUUAAUAAUCCGUCUGACCCUUAUGGUUAAGAGUUUAUAAGUUUAUCUAUUGAAAAUUUUAUAGUAACGUUCUUUCUCGACAAAGCUAUUGAAUAAAAGCAAUAUUAAUUUUAAGAUUUGAUAGAAGACAACUUAAAUCAUAACCCUAAUUUAAGAUUUUAUUAGCUUGCGUUGGAUGAUCUUUGCUAAAUACUGCUAUCUGAUAUUUCCAUUUCGAUUUAUUCAGAUUAAGCUUUAGCAUAAAUAUUUUAACUUGCAGUGGACGAGUCUUAUUGA